AUGCAGAGGUGGCUGCUAGAGCCCCAUCUUGUCCUACGGCGCCCAACGACUGUGUCUCCAGAUUCGGCAACCAGUAUCAAGUCUCCAAAUCUUGCUCUGAUGCAAUCCUGCUACGACAGACGUGCUACCAAGGCACAGGCGGCCCUGAUCCCAAUCACUGCCAAUUUAUCUUCAACAAUCUGUGGAGAAAUUCACCUGGCAGUUAUCUCGCAUGGAAUUGCCAAGGCUGGGCAAGAGGUGGAAGAUGUUUGGGUGACUCUGGCCUCUAUCAAAGGAAUAUUCCCGACUACUAUGUCCAGUGAGUCUGAGCCAUACGACCCCUACCUCCCUCGCGGUGGUUCCUCAGCAGCUGGAGCUGCGGGAGGAUCGCGAGCGGGUGGAUCAUCCCAGACCGCACAUAUUCAACAACAAAUUGACGAGACUGUUGGUGCUAUGAGAGAUAAUAUUGCCCGCGUGGCGGAGCGGGGUGAACGAUUGGAUGCAUUGCAAGAUAAGACGGGUACGUGUCAUUUCCGAUCCUGUCGGAGUAGUACAGGAAGAGAAUCGGAUUCAGGAAUUGGAAUCGUAUGUGACCGUUGA